AUGAAAGGUGCAAAAGGGGAUGGAGGAAAGUCUGCACCUUGUAAUUGCAAGUUACAGGUGAGAUAUUCCUUUGAUGAUUUUACAAGGUUCGUAUACACCGGCCGUACACGAUAAAAAAGUGAAAGCGAUGGAAUCGAACUCAAGAAGUCAGAAAAUAUAUAAUAUUUUGUGAGCUUAGUAAAAUAGCUGAUAGCGAACGUAAAGCGGAAGAAGAAAUAAUAAAUACGAAGUGCAAAAAUGAAUCCUUGCAUGUUCGUUGUCUAUCCCCCUGAAAACUAGCAGGUAGUGAAGUGAACAAGGAAGUUCCAUUUCUCAUUUCGAAUUGCAAAGUUCCUUUGGACUUCAGGGGUUCAGUUUAUGCCGAAAUUCAACCUUCUGUAGUCGGGGAAAACGCAAAGUUCUGAAGUAUUACCUAGAGACAAGUAUCGACAUUUCUAAAAGAACAGUGAGAAUUCCGCCUCUAACAAAUAAUUAGGCCCCCAUUCAGUGUUAGCACUUCCAUGGUAAAUGAGUCAUUGCCUUUUUAUCUUUGUUAUUUAAAGUCGGAUUUCAGAUUUAUUUAUCUUACUGUAUGCUCUUUAUCCCGUCUCUUCAAGGAUCCAAACAAACCGUCGGCUCACAUUGAGGGAGCUAAUAAAGGGGAUGUCACUUACCAAGUCAACAAAGGUAUCGGUCAUAAUAGCGAUAUCUUUGUUUAUGGAUGCUAUUAUUUUGAUUUUGUCACCGUCCAUAUUCUCAAGCUGAUAUGCGUUGCAUGCGGACACUCAUUUGUUAUCUGGUUACUGGUCAGGCAAUGAAUGACAUGUUGAUAAUUUUCUGGGAACUUUUCCUAGGUUUCAUAGGGCCGGGUUCUUUUAAAAUUACAUGAAUUUAAAUAAUAAUAAUAAUGAUAAACAAUUUUCCAAAGCGUAAAACGCAUAAAUUUACUCCUGUUUGGAAUUUUAUCUUUAGUAACGCCGCUUUCCAUACAGCUUUUAUUUCAUCUUGUCACCCAUCUUCCACUUGUUUCAUUAUAAAAACUGCAAUUUGGGCCACCGGGCGGACCCACUGCGGCGGACCCAAACGUUAGACUUACCGCACUGUUGUUUGAUGGUUUUGCAGUAAUCAAAGACUGGACUCUAAGUGCUCCCUACAGCCAUCUCGCAGGCGGUAUGAAGUAUAAAGACGGAAAACUUACUGUACCCAUCCCUGGACGUUAUUACAUUUAUGAACAAAUUUACUGGCGUGGCUAUAGAGGAAAGCCUGUCAGAAUUUCUAUCCUUCUGAACAACAAAGUGAUCGCCAUGGCUCAUCCACCAAUGAACUCGCUGCGAAGGGACGAGUUUACGAUUUCCACAGGUGGGGUGUUUCAUCUUAAAGCUGGUGACGUCAUUACCGUGGCCGCCACGCACUAUGCUGGGAUAGCCUACAUGAAAACUUACCACAGCUUUUUUGGCGCGUUCUUGAUUUGA